GCUUACUUUAAGCAGUGCUCUACCAAUCAUAGUAAUAAAUGCUCGACAUGGAAUAUUUACUUUACAAAACCAUGGCCUUUCUUGUAUUAGGCUUGUGCUCAUGCCAAAAUGAGAUACUGCUGGAUGGGCCUCUUAAUGGAUCAGUCGGAGGAAGUGUGGUGUUCAACCUCACCAACCCACCAUCUAAACCACCUUCAAAAAUCAGCUGGAUUUCUCCAAGCAAUAUAGAGAUAUUCGCUUUACUUGGUAAUACAGAGGUGAUGCAUCCUGAUUACACUGGUAGAGUCUCUGUGAACAAAGCCACAGCUUCACUGGAGCUCAGGAGUCUGACUCUCAUGGACACUGGGGAGUACACUCUGAGCAUCACCACUGAUGUUGCAAGACAAGGAAAAACAUCACUGACCGUGUUUGAGAACAUAUCACAUCCCAUCAUAAGCAUCAACGGCACCCCCAUAGCUGGCAACAGCUCUGUCAACUUAACCUGUGAUGCUCAAGGUACCAUCGUUACCAGAGAGUGGACAAAGGAUGAGAAGCCUUUGUCUCCUAGCAACAGCACCAUCCUCCAUGAGGAAAACAGAAUAUUGUCCAUUGACCCAGUAGAGAAGGAAGACGAGGGGCAGUACACAUGCACACUCAUCAAUCCAUUCAGCUCUGUUAGUGAGAACUACGACCUUGUGGUCAAUUAUGGGCCACUGAGCGUCCACAUAAGCCCAGCCCCUGAGGUAACACCAGGGGAUAGAGUGUCUCUUGACUGCUCUGCUGACUCUGUUCCACCUGCCAGUUUUACCUGGAUGUUCAACAAGACUCAAAUAGGAGACAAGUCACAGCUGGUCAUUGAGAAAGUGGACCAGAGCCAUGCUGGGAUGUACACCUGCACAGCUUUGAACAGCAUCACUGCUCUCAGUUUAUCAGAAGAGCAAAUGCUGAGAGUAAAUGAUAAAGAUUCCGGAAUUCUAAACGGGGGACUAUCUAAUGGAUUGUCUGAUGGAGCAAUAGCGGGGAUCGUUAUUGGCACCAUUUCCAUGUUGUUUUGUGUCCAUUAGGCCAUUGAUUAAAUUGACAUUGUUUUAUUAUUGCUAAUUAUUCCAUAGUUUUUGCUUAUUAUUAUACAAUUGAUUGAAUGACGUUAUUGUUUAUUUACUAUUCUCCCAUUUAGUCAUUGUUUAAUUUCAUUAGCUUUUCUUACAGUAUAUUGAUACUGUUUAUUGUUUAUGUUGCUAUUCUCUUUAGUCAACACUAUGGACUGACCAACUGCUAAAUUUAAUUAUUGUAUUGUUUUUGUUUGUAUGUCGCUUUGGACAAAGGCGUCUGCUAAGCAACAUAACCGUAACCGUAACCAUUUCAGGUGUAGCUCUGGUUGGAGGCUCAGUAGCUUUCGGCACAAAGAAGGCCGGAGUAUGGUAGUGCUUAAUGGAGAGACUGAUGUUAUUUAACACUUAAUCAUUUAUGUGACACUGAGCUGUUUACUAUUAAAAAAAAUAGAAAUCAAAUAGAAAUAGAUUCCAAUUACUGAUUCAAAAUAAUUAGGUAACAGAUUGUGAUAAGUUUGUCAUCUACGAAACUGAUUUUUAUAAAUCUUGAUCAGUAAAUGCUUCAAAGCUAUUAAAAAUGUGUGGUAGCUACUAGCUACAAUACACUUUUAAACAGAAACUGUGGUUUAAAACAUGUCACAAUAUUAAAUGGUAUUCUUUUCAAUGAUCUAGAGGGUGAUCUACAUGUAUCAUCUUGUAAUUAUUUACAAAAUGAUUUUCUAAUAAAACGGUUGCAACAACAUU